AGCGCCGAAGGAGCGAGUUUUUACCAAGACAACCAGCUAGGAGGGAAAAGAGAGAGAAAACUGAAGAAAGUGACAAAACCAAACGGUUUGUAAAAUGUCCACAGGCCAAAAUCUGAGAGCUUUGGUGGAGGAGCGUCUGACUGCGGCUGCUGAAGACAAAUGUGACUCGACUCUGAGCCCGAGAGUCGUUCUGUCCAGAGCCGGUGUCCACAUGUCCCCUCUGAGUCCUGGUCUCACUCUGAAAGAGGAAAUCCCAGAGACUCCACAGAUUAAAGAGGAACCAGAAGAAGAGCACAUCAAACAGGAGGAAGAGGAGCUGCACAUGUCUGUCCCUGAGUCCAAUGAUGGCUGUGUGAAGACAGAAGAGUCCUCACUGCCUCAACGAAAAGAAACUGAUCACAGAGAGGACACAGAGGGAGAGGACAUCAGCUCACAGACACAUGUCCACAGAGAGGACACACAGGUAGAGGACAUCAGCACAGAGACACGUGUCCACCCCGAGACAGAGGGAGAUACGGAGCACUUUUCUGACACUGACAGUGAUGAAGACUGGUGUGCUCCAAUCAGCUAUUCAGCUGCACAGAUGGAGACAGAGGCAGAUGGAGACCACUACAACCAAGUCCAGAUGAGAGCCAAAAGCACCACUGCACCAAACUCAGGUCUAUCCCCCAAAUACAAGUCUGCACCAGAGACCAGAGACACUGUGGACAAUGGGGACGUGUCAGGAACAGCUGAAGGAGUUGCGGAGAAGAAACACCAAUGCUCUGUUUGUAAAAAGAGAUUUGGCUUAAAAAAUAAUUUAAAAAGACAUUUUAGAGUUCACAGAAGAGAGAAACCUUACAGCUGCUCUGUCUGUGAGAAAACAUUUACUCAAAAGAGUACACUCACAGAUCACAUGAGAACACACACAGGAGACAAACCUUACAGCUGUUCUGUCUGUGAGAAAGCAUUUACUAAAAAGGGCACUCUCACAGACCACACGAGAACACACACAGGAGACAAACCUUACAGCUGUUCUAUCUGUGAGAAAGCAUUUACUCAAAAGAGUACUCUCACAAAACACAUGAAAACACACACAGGAGACAAACCUUACAGCUGUUCUAUCUGUGAGAAAGCAUUUACUGUAAAGAAUCAUUUAAAAGACCACAUGAGAACACACACCGGAGACAAACCUUACAGCUGUUCUGUCUGUGAGAAAGCAUUUACUCAAAAGAGUACCCUCACAGACCACAUGAGAACACACACAAGAGACAAACCUUACAGUUGUUCUGUCUGUGAGAAAGCAUUUACUCUAAAGAGUACUCUCACCAGCCAUAUGAGAACACACACAGGAGACAAACCUUACAGCUGCUCUGUCUGUGAGAAAGCAUUUACUAAAAAGAGUCAUCUUACAGGCCACAUGAGAACACACACGGGAGACAGGCCUUACAGCUGCUCUGUCUGUGAGAAAGCAUUUACUAAAACGAGUCAUCUCACAAAACACAUCAGAAUACACAAGAGACAAACCUUACAGGUGUCCCAUCUGUGAGAAAGCAUUUACUCUAAAGCAGGGGUCACAAACCUUUUUGAACCUGAGAUCUACUUCCUACUUCUACUUCUAUAGAGUACUCUCACUGACCACAUGAGAACACACACAGGAGACAAACCUUACAGCUAUUCUGUCUGUGAGAAACGAUUUAUCCAGAGCAGCGUUCUGAUAAAACAUAUGAGAAGUCACACAGGAGAGAAGUAAGUUCAACAGAGCAUGACACAAGGUUUUGGGCUCUGUUUGUGUUAUAACAAAAGCCUGUUGUUUAAAAUGAAGAUGAGAUUGUGUUAUUGUUAUAGUUAUUACGUUAUAGUACAAUGUACUGUUAAGAUAAAAAAAAAAAAUUUGUGCUUAAUAUCUGUGU